UUCAUUUCCGUUUCCUUUCUUCGUGCUGUCGGAGGACCCAAACGUGUCCCGACAAAAUGGCACAUUAUAACUUUAAAAAGAUUAUGGUGGUUCCCACCGCCAAGGAGUUCAUUGACAUCACUUUAUCCAAAACCCAGAGGAAAACCCCCACAGUGGUCCACAAACAUUACCAGAUCCACCGCAUCCGACACUUUUACAUGAGAAAGGUGAAGUUCACCCAGCAGAACUACCACGACCGGCUCACACAGAUCAUCACCGACUUCCCAAAACUCGACGACAUCCACCCUUUUUACGCUGAUCUGAUGAACGUGUUGUAUGACAAAGACCACUACAAGUUGGCUUUAGGGCAGAUAAACAUCGCCAGGAAUCUGAUUGACAAUGUUGCUAAGGACUACGUCCGUCUGAUGAAAUACGGAGACUCGCUGUAUCGAUGUAAACAGCUGAAGAGAGCCGCUCUGGGUCGAAUGUGCACCAUCCUGAAGCGUCAGAAAUCGAGUCUGGAGUAUCUGGAACAAGUCCGUCAGCAUCUGUCCCGUCUGCCGAGCAUCGACCCCAACACGAGGACUCUGCUCCUGUGUGGGUACCCCAACGUGGGCAAGUCCAGUUUCAUCAACAAGGUGACCAGAGCAGAUGUUGAUGUUCAGCCGUACGCCUUCACCACAAAGUCUCUGUUCGUGGGUCACAUGGACUACAGAUACCUCCGCUGGCAGGUGGUGGACACCCCCGGUAUCCUGGACCACCCCCUGGAGGAGAGGAACACCAUCGAGAUGCAGGCCAUCACGGCUCUGGCCCACCUGCGCUCGGCCAUCCUUUACGUCAUGGACCUGUCGGAGCAGUGCGGCCACACCCUGCAGGAGCAGCUGGAGCUCUUCAACAACAUCCGCCCGCUGUUCGCCAACAAGCCGCUCCUCGUCGUGGCGAAUAAAUGUGACGUGAAGAAGAUCGGCGAGCUCUCGGAGGAGAACCAGAAAAUCUUUGCAGACCUCUCAGCUGAGGGGGUCUCUGUGAUCGAGACGAGCACCCUGACAGAGGAGGGGGUCAUGCAGGUUAAAACUGAGGCCUGCGACCAGCUCCUGGCCCACCGGGUCAACAACAAGAUCAAAGGCAAGAAGGUCCACGACGUUCUGAACAGGCUGCACCUGGCUGUUCCUGCUAAGAGGGAUCAGAAGGAGAGACCCCCGUUCAUCCCAGAGGGGGCUCUGAAUCGCAGAAGAGCGAUGGAGGUGGAUUCACCCAAACGCAAACUGGAGAGAGACCUGGAGAUGGAGCUUGGUGAUGAUUAUAUUCUGGACCUGCAGAAAUACUGGGAUCUGAUGAAUGACGAUGAGAAGCAGGAUAAGAUUCCUGAGGUGUGGGAGGGCCACAACAUCGCUGAUUACAUCGACCCUGAAAUUAUGAGGAAACUGGAGGACCUGGAGAAGGAGGAGGAGCUAAAGGAGCGAGCCGGGGAGUACGACACGGACGAGGAGAGCGAGGAUGAAGAGAUGAAGGACAUCCGCGCCCUCGCCAAACAGAUCAAAGAGAAGAAGCUGCUGAAGGUCCUGGAGUCCAAAGAGAAGGAUAUUCACGGGCCUCGCAUGCCCAGAACCGCCGCCAAGGUGGAGAAAAAGCGUCUGGAGAAGGAGAUGAGUAACCUCGGUCUGGACAUGAACGACAAAGAUGAUAGCCACUACGCUCAGCAGGCGCGGCGUUCCCGCAGCAUCACCAGGAAACGGAAACGAGAGGCUUCGGCUCCGCCCACGUCCAAAACUCGCAGCCAGAGCGCGUCCCGUCCACCUCGAGACCAGUCUGGUUUACGAGAUGCAAAGAUGAUGAGGAAGACGAAGAAGAUGAUGAAGAAUUCCCAGAAAGAGAUGAACCGCAACGCCAGGAGAGGAGAGUCGGACCGACARGUGUUCGACCUCAAACCCAAACACCUCCUGACUGGAAAGAGGAAGUCCGGACCCAAAGAUCGCAGAUAAAACAAUAACAGUAGAUAUUAUGGGCCAUCCUAAAGCAUGCAGAAGCAAAGACUCAGCAACCAGUUCUUUAAUUGGUUAUUUUAUUAACCUUACAACUGAUUUCAGAUCGUUUACCUUGUGCUAAGAAGACUUUUGAGUGUCAGAAAAUCCUACACCUAUUUUGGAUAAAGUGAUGUGAAAAUCUCCUAUUAAAUACUGAGUAACAAGAAAGAUAAAUAAAAAUACACAUGAAUGAAACAC